CUCGUGUUACAUUGGCUACCUUGACGCUGGUUUGGCGACUAGUCCAGCUCGCCUGCAUUCCUCCUCUCUCCAAAGCCUGACCGAUAGAGACAGAGAAAGAAAGGAGGAGGGGGGAGAGAGAGAAAACACCAAUUAUUAUUCACAACCGUGUCGGAUUUUUAUGAACCACGAAGCCGAUUCACACCGGAUACACCGACCAGAUAAAACCACGAAAAAAUAACCACGUCGAGACAACUCCGUUUGGACUUACAGCAGCGACGAAAGGCGUGUUUUUCUUUUAUAAAUACGGGGCUUUGCGUUGAUGUGACCGUGUAGGUCAGCUAUCGAAAAGCAGCUUUGGUGAAACAGCCUUUCCACGGCGGAUAUCUCCUUUUUUUUUAAAUGGGGAUUUGCAAGAUGGCUGAUGACAGCUACCCCUAACAAGGACAGAAAAGCGACGUCCCCUUUAAGAUUAGCAGGACUCAUCUUGAAAGUGUCAGGUUUCUUUGUGAGGACGCAGAGGCCCUGAGGUCGGAUCGAAGUGGGAAAACAGCUAGUGUAUGCCUGCCUGCACCAUGAUGGCCUCUGACAUGGCUGAGACGUGGAGGAACUGUUUUGAGGAGGAGCUCAUCUGCCCCAUCUGCCUGCACGUGUUCUCAGAUCCCAUCCAGCUGCCCUGCAAGCACAACUUCUGCCGGGGCUGCAUCAGCGAGGCCUGGGCCAAAGACUCCUCGCUGGCUCGUUGCCCUGAGUGCAAUCAUGCUUACACUCAGAAGCCCAGCUUGGAGAAGAACCACAAACUGUCCAAUAUAGUCGAGAAGUACAACGCCCUGAGCGUGGAGAAGGCCACCACGCCGGCGCUACAGUGCAUCCUGUGCCGCCGAGGCCCGCCGCUCCCCGCAGUGAAGGUCUGCCUGCGUUGCAACGCCCCGUGCUGCCAGUCCCACGUCCAGACGCACCUGCAGCAGCCCUGCUCAGCCCUCGGGCACCUGUUGGUGGAGGCCGAGGCAGUGAAGGCCUGGACCUGCCUUCAGCAUGACCAGUACAGGCUGUACCACUGCGAGGCCGAGCAGACGGCGGUGUGUCAGUACUGCUGCUUUGCCCGCUGCCACCCCAGCCACGGCCACGCGGUCACUGACGUGGAGCUCCGACGCAACGACAUCAGACAAAGCCUGUUGAGACAGCAGGAGCGCGUGGAGGAACGAGUGCAGGAGAUUGAAGAACAGCUCUGCAAGCUCGACUCUGACAAGUGUGUGGUGGAGGACAGGGUGUGUGAGCUGAAAGAGGAGGUGCGUCUGCAGUACCAGCGGAUGCACCAGCUCCUGGAGGAGGACCUUGGUCGGACACUGGAGGUUCUGGACCGGGCUCAGGCUCGGUUCUGCCAGGACAAUGCUGCCCAGGUUUUGGCUCUGGGAGAGCAGCGCCACGAGGCCCAGAAGCUGCUGAGCUCCAUCCACACGGCCUUCAGUAAGGCAGAGGAACUGAGCUUCAUGAAAAACACCAAGCCUGUUAAAAUCCUCACAGACAGGUCUCAGGCAUGUGUGGGCAGCAGUCUCCCUCCUUAUAAAGUGGGGAGUCUAAACUCCAAACUGUUCCUCUCUGAAAUCUCAAAAAGAGAGAAGAGCUUGAAGAGAACACUUGAAGCCCCCCUCACCCCUCCCUCGACCUUCCUGCAGUCUGUUCCUGCGUAUCCCAGCGGUCAGAGCUCUGGCUCUGGAGCAGAGAAACGGAAACAUUCCACUGCUUUCCCAGAGGGAAACGGGAACGCGGGAAAAAACGCUGCUCCGGGUUUCAAGGACUCCUCCUCGUCCUCCUCCUCUUCUUCAUCUUCUUCUUCUUCAUCAUUAGCCAAGCAGCCCUACCUGGGCUCCGGCUCUGCCUCUGGAGAAGGCCAGUCAACCAAUCAGCAGCCGCUCGGCCCCUGCGGCCCACCUCACAUCAGCGAGAGCGGUGGGACAGGAAGUGGAAGCGGCUCUCUGACCAACCACCAUUCAGGCUCUGUGUUCGGUUCCUCGCACUUUCCUCCUGGAGGCAGCAGCUCCUCACACUCCUCCCAGCAGGCCGUGCUGCCUCAAUAUGGCGGCCGUAAGAUCCUGGUGUGUACGAUGGAUAAUUGCUACUGCUCCGGGGUGCCCUCUGUGUCGGGACACCGCAGCCAUCCUCCGUACCCGCGCUCCGGCUCUUUCCCCUGGGUCAGCGCCCAAGACUACCCCCCUCCUCCCGGCUUGGCCUCUGGAGGUCCGUCCAUGCAGGGGUUGGCAGUGAGGGACUGGAUAGACGCCUCACAAACACAUAGACAUGCAGAUUUUUAUGGGCUGUAUGGGCAGCCCCCUACAAAGCACUAUGUCACCAGUUAACAGAGUAGACACACACACACACACACACACACGGAUAUAGAGACGGGCACCAAAAUAGCACACCAUUACAGAUUUAUUAACCAGGAAAAAACACAAUACAAUUAUACUCUUCACACAUAGAAAUAUUUAAACUUAAACGCACACACACACAGACACGGAUCUAGAACAUGUAUACAAGUUCGGGGGCAGGGUCGAUCUCUUUGUGUUUUUAUUUUCUUCCUUUCUCCAUUUUCUGUCAGUGUUUCAUAUAGUGUAUUAUACGUAAAAUGCAUACACAGCCGCUCACCCUGGCACAGCUUAGCUCAGCUGAUCUUACACACCAACAAGAAGCGAGAGUGGCCGAAGAGGAGAGUACGACACCCAUCUCUUUAUUUAUAGAGCAGGCGACGGAUUGAUAGAAAAUGAACUUCUACUAGGAAAUCUUCUCGUGCCUCCUCAUGGAUGCUCAGUGACGCUAAAGGGAAAAGAGAUAAUACCGGGCAGGGUUGACCUUUCCAGUUUAGCGCCUUGUGUUUCUCCGUUAUAAUCACCCCUCCAGUUGUCCGUUGCCUUAUGUUGUUAGCAUCAUGUUUUCCUCUUCCCAGCUACACUUUGUUUGAUUGCUUUGAUUCCUUUUAAAGAGGGACUGCGGUCCCUUUCAUGUCUUUUGAUUGUUAUCGUCAUGGCACCUCUUCCCUUCUUUGCCGAGUUCAGGGAUGGAUCGUACGGCUUGAACACAAAACGCUCUUCCAUGGAACACCCACAAUGCACUUGUGGACGCCUUGUUAUGCCUGGACUACAGAUGCUGACCUACAGAGGGACACUAGAGCGGCAUCUGAAGGGCCAGUCGAUCUUGGGGGUUUGGGAGUUUGACCCUUAUUCCUUCCUGUUACCAGGCUUCCCAUUGGACAGAAAAUCUUCUGACAAAGACUGUUUCCAUUUAGUAAUUACUAUGACUUUGUGUUAUUUGGUACAUCUGCAAGUUUCAUGCUUGCAUGCUUGUCUACAGAGACUCUUUUAGAGGAACAGGCAAGACUGGACAGACCAAACCAAUGAAGCAUCUGGAGGAUCUGAUGAUGCUGUAAUUGUACUUCCUGCAGGGCAAAGAUGUCACUUCCUCUCAAUAAAGCACACGAGCUCUUGGCUUCCUGUUUGUAGCUGAAAGCAUGCAAGGAAGAGUUUUUUUUUUUUUUUUUUUUUUUAAAGCACUCAAAGGAAGAACAAUGGGGGGAAAAAUGUAUGCAGUUUUAAAAUGAGUGUAUGAAAGAAAAGAAGGGUGGGAGGAUUUUUUUUUCAUGAACUUUUUCUAAAAGAACAAGACUGGACUGCGAGAUGUAAGCAAUUGUCAUCAUCCUAAAAAGGAGCCGUUACGACAGUCAACAUAAAGAGAAAAAAAAAACGACAUAAAAAGUAUCUUUUUUGUAAAUAUUUUGUGAAAUGGAAAAAUUACAGACGUGAUUUGGAGAUGGGUUCCAAAUAAACAAAUUUAAACCGGA